GCCGUGUCCACCCUGCUAUCGAUCUCUCAACCUCCAACCCCCAGCGGAAUAAUCAAUACUUUUCCACUCCUUAUUCUACGACACAUAAAUGCAACCACUACCCUCCAAUCGUUCAUCGUAAACAAAUUAUCGCUGCUCGUCCAUAAUUGAAAGUAUCGAGGAUUGAGUAGGAUGUAAAAGUAGUGCCUGGUGGAUAUGGAGACGAGCAAGAGAGAUGUGAGUGCUACUAAGGGCACCAGAGGGCCCUUCGUGCCUUUCUACGAACCUCCGCAGCAAAGAAAAACCAGCGCUGAAAUUAUCAACGAGGCCAGGCUAGCUAUCAGGGAAUCCCAAAUGGGUGAAAACAGCUUUGCUCCGACGAGCAUAAAACCUAUUCAGACCCAACGACCUUUCACACCAAGGGACAAGGAACGGCUUUUGUUCGGCGAAAAGACCAAAACCAAUAGGCCACCUAGUUCUUUCAGCCUCCGGUACCUCCAAAAUGAAACCGACCUGCCUCAAACCCCUCCAGACAACAGCCUGCUAGCCUGCUCUACAAUGGUUACCUCAAAGUCCCUGAUUCCUUCUGCGAAGGGCAGAAGCAAAUCGUUAAAACACCAAAGGUCCAACUCAUUGACUGAAAUCAACGACACCAUCUUCAACAUCGCUGUCAAAGAUCCGGCUCAACAUAAAAUGAAGUUACCUUCUCUAGGGACAACUUGUAGACCGCUUCAGAAGAGGAAGGUGUUUCUGAAUACCACUUCUUUGGAUAAUCUUCCAGAAGAAACAGAACCAGUGGACCAACCAAAACCAGGAUCUCGCAACGCUUUCAGUUCGCCGCAAGAGUCAACGGAAUACACAAAAUCAGAAAACGUCUUUGAUCGGCCGUCUAACAGACAAACACUCUCGCAAUGCUUGUUAUUGGAGCCCCAGAACUUGGAAAAGAUCUUCGACAACAGGCAUAUCGUGGAAAACUCUCAGACGCUUUUCUUAAGAUCAGAUCAGAAACGAGAAAGGAAUUUAGAAGACGUAUUGGAUGACCUGAACAAUGAACAUGGAAAAAGCGGAAAUGACAAGAAGAUUGUUUCUCUACUUGAAGAGCUGUACAAAUUUAUGGAAAAGGACAACCCGAUGAAUAAAAAAGUGCCUUCAAAACUCAAGGUCAAAAUACUCAAGUGCUUAUACAGAUUCGUGGAGUCUCAGAACGAACAUAUUCUGAUAAACAUAGCGAAAGUCAUUUUAUCGCUAAAAGUUACAGGCAAUAAUCUGAGUGGGGUCUGCAAGCUUAUUUUCAAGCUUGCGAAGAAUGAUAAAAAUGACCAACUAUUCUUCCAGAAAAACCUAUUAGAAUUGUUUUUGGACGCUUUGGGCAGAUCCAGUCCGCUGGACGACGCUGAAGCGUGUGUAUAUGGUUAUGGUGCCGUAAAAUUCCUCACGAUGAAUCCUAAGUUGCAAGAGAAAAUCUUGGGACUAGGAAUACUGCAACUUAUGGUUUUACACGUCAAAAUCAUCAAUGUAGCGAAAUCAGAAAAAAGCACAAUGCCGGAACAGACAACUCAUGUUCUGUUCCAACUUACUGCAGCGUUACGAAAUUUGGUGUCAGAGGAACUUGUUUAUGAUACCUUCAUAUCAUUUGGUACCAUACCUCAACUAUGUCAGACAUUGGAGUUGUUUUUCUCGGAUGUGGAUAUCGUCACCAAUAUAUCCAGGACACUAAGCACAAUAUCAACGAAUGAGUGCUGUUGUGACAGUAUAGUGGACUAUAAGAACAUUUAUAAGUUAUUUAUAAGAUUAUUCGAAGAGUACGCAGGAAAUGAAGAAAUUAUUGUUCGUCUGACUUACACGUUAGGAAAUAUAGUGGCAAAGAUUGAUAAUACAAGAGUAAAGUUCUACUACCAAGACAACUCAAUUGAUAGCUUGUUGAAUCUGUGGAAAAUCUAUUUAGAACGAACACUCCACAACUGUUCGCUUAAAGCGGAGAGUGAUAAUGAAUUUAACAGCAACCCCGAAGAUGUCAUGAUUAAGAUAAUUCGAGUUAUCGCAAACAUGGUGAUAAACCCAGAGAUCGGGAAAGCACUGAACGACCAAUACGGAAACAAAAUAAUAGAGGAAAUACUCAAGGUGCUUAUAAGCAACCCGUUCAAGAAAAACGAAGAGUUAGUGCUGUCCAUACUAAGCACACUGAACAAUCUUUCGUAUUACUACACCAGUGAAAUGGAAAUUGACAUUUUCCACAUUAAACAGAUUGACAUAGUUGAAGCUAUUACAGAAUUCGCAAGGUCUAAAAACAAAGAGUCAGUUAUUGAGACCAUGAGGAUACUAGGUAAUCUGUCCAGAUCAAAGAUUACGAGAAACUAUGUUUGUGAAACGGAAAUCUUUGAAAUUCUACUGAACCUGCUAGAUAAAGCUGAUCCCACUUUACUGAAAACAACCGUCGGAGUGUUCGUAAACCUUAUGUCAGACAAUCGCGCCCGAAUAUUGUUCAAGACGAAAAAAGGAGUAGACAAACUCGUGUGCAUUUUGAACAAUUUCUGCGACUCGGAUUGGUUACUGGGCAACCUCGUCUGUCAAGUGCUCUGGAACUACUGUAUCGACACGAUAGAUCUGCACGAGCUGUUUUCGGAAACGGAGAUUCACAAGUUGCUGAUUAUAUUAGCGGAUUGCCUCGACGAAGAGAAGCUGUUCGGGAUUGAAGAAAACAUGGACGACACUGACAUUUUCAUGACGCAAGAAUACCUGAUCUGGGAGGAGUUCGCCAGUGUAGCCACUAAUCUACUAGAAAAAAUUGAAUACUUUUUAGACACUUUUGACCAAAUAAACUUAGAUGAGAAAAAUGAGACAAACAGCAAACAGACCAAAGAUUCUAGCACCAAUCUUAGUUUCGCUGCAUGGUGAAUUUUGUGAUACACAGGGUAAACAUUAUAUUCAAAAAUUAUACAGAGUAAAAUUCUUAUAUCUUUGUUGUAUUUGUAAAAAUGUUUAAAUUCAUACCACCCGUAUUCUUUGAUCACUGACAGUGAUGAGACGUGGAUAUUCUGUAAAGUCCAAGCUACCAAUAUUGAAUGAACGUAUCUAGGUAAUUUUUAGCUGGAUUGACAGAUCACUAAAGAGUGUACAGCAAGUAACUACCCGUGACCAGUCAAUUCUAGUCAAAAGUGGCGUGCCUGCCACUGAAAUAAAAAAAUUGGAUUUAUAGAAUAUGAACUUCUGCAUCAUGGAUGAUUUCAACUUGGUUAGUUCGAAAAAUUACAGCUAUUAUUUGAUUGAAAUUUAAAUCUCAACAUUUCAUUUAUUUGGCCAAAUUGCAUGUUACACGUACAGUACUUACAACUGUGUAUGCCAUAUUAUAUCUGUUUUAUAUAAGGUAAAGGUACUAUUCCUCACAGGGACAGCGACAGGAGCGAACAACUGGCUACCGCACUGAUAGAGAAAACAUCUCUCUAUACAGGGUGUUUCAAAAAGACGUGCUAAUACUUCUGGGCUAGAAAGAACAUACAAAAGUGGCAGGAAAGGUUCCUAUUAAUAUGGGUCCAAAGAUGCUUCCAUACCGAGAUACGGGGUGAUGAAGUUUUAUUUACGAAAUAAAAAGAAUAUAUAUAUAAAAUUAAAGCUUCCGCCUUUUGUUGGGUACUUCGACAAAAUUUAAGCAAAGGGGACUCUUUAUACUUUUUUUAAUUCUCUCUAGCUUUCAAUGGACUUUGCCAUCAUCAUCAUGAGCUG